AUGUGGCGAGGGGUGGCGAGCGAGGGGAAGCACAUGUCGGCGUGGGAGCGCGAGACGGCGCGGAGCGAGCGACGGCGACCGGCGCGCGAGACGGGCGGGAUUGAAAAUUUAGGGAAUUCGUGCUACAUCGCCGCGUCUUUGCAGUUGUUGCGAAGCAUGCGUGGAUUCGUGGAGUCGGUUCACGAGGUGUCUGGAGACGAGGACGGUAAACCGUUACUCGCCGCGCUCGGCGAGUUUUUCAGAUCGGACGCGAGCGAGUUGAGCGCGUCGGGCGUGAAGCGCGAAAUGGGUCGCGUGCGGGACGAGUACGGAGAGUUCGAUCAACACGACGCAAUGGAAUUCAUGACGCAAAUGUUGGACACGAUCGAGCGCGAAAUGGGUGACGACGCGGCGCACUGUCCGAGUCGACAAAACUUCGCGUGGCGCAUCGAGCACGCGCUAUCGUGCGUCAGCUGCGGCGAAAGGAGCGUGAUGGACGAAUCGAUGUACAUGCUGACGUUGCAGCUCAUCAUCGACGAGAACGAGUCUGUCGACGCGCUGCUCGAUCGGUACUUCAUUCCAGAAAAGCUCGAACGCAAGUGUUCGUGUGGAUGCUUGUUCGCAAUCUCGACUCGACAAAUCGUCUCAGAGCCGAAAUUCCUCCUCUUGCACCUCAAGCGAUUCAAUGCGGUGAUAGCGCGCGGUGUGUUGCGUUUGCAAAAGCUCACGGCUUCGAUUCGUCUUCCUUCAAAGAUGUCGCUGAUGCACGCUGGAUCCGCCGCCGCCGAAAUCGUCGUCCCCAAAUCGUCUGGAGACGAUUCGGAUCUCGAACACGCUAACAACGCGUCCAAAAGUUCGCCCGAUACCCCGGGUGUGAAGCGUCACAACACGCGAUCGGUGGCGGCUACGAGACCGUUCGACUUGCUCGCCGUCAUCUCGCACCACGGGAACACGGUUGAGCUCGGGCACUUCGUCGCGCACAUCCGCGAGCGCAAAUCGAAGGCGUGGAAGACUUACGACGACGAGCGCGUGACUUCCUACGUGGCGCGCGAUGAGCUCAUUUUCAACUCGCUUCAAGAAUUCGAACGCGAGUGCUACGUGGUCGCUUACGAACGAGACGAUAACGAAAAUCUUCGCCAAGGAAACGCGCAAAUAUUCUGA